CCAUCUAUUCUCAUGCCUCGAAGGAAAACGCAGACCAGCGGAAACAAGCAUACAAGCGUUAAGCAUUGUAAAUACUGUGAUAGAACCCUGCCUGGAAGCGGAUUUCGUCUUCAUGAGCAGUUUUGUAAACGGCAAUGGGAUAAAGCUCAGUUUCGAAAAGGUCAUCUCACCAGCGCAAUCAUCGAGACAGAUACAACGGAUUUGACAGGCAAUGCGUCUACAUUGCCGGGGCUACCCGGAUCGGCAAUUUCUGAUCUGCCGCCCAUGUUUGCUCCGAGUCCUGAGUUUGCGCCCGAAGCAAUGGAUGUUGAUGAAGCGUUUUCGGCUCAAUUGGAUAGCAACCUCCCCCGACUUCCUUUGGCGUACAUUGAUUUCAUCCCUCAUCCUAAGGACGUUGGUGCCUCACGCGAGAUAACUUCUCUGUGCGACCCCAGCCCCUCCUACCAUGCCAAUCCCUCGCCACGCUCUCUCUUGGAUGCAGCGUCUCCAUUUGCGCCAUGGAGGACACUUUCCGACUUUGAAUACACCGAGACCGCGGUGAAGGGUGUUUCAAGUGCCAAUAUUGUUGACGCACAGUUGAAAGGGAUGACGGGACGAUGGUCAAAGCAGGACUCGGAUAUCACACUGAGGAACUUUCGCGAAUUUCGCCGAACCCUCACUGAUGCGCAUGUCCAUGGAGUCGAAUUUCAAUCAAAGACCAUCAAGUCCACAUUAUGGGACAAGGAGUACGCAUACACUUUCCAGUAUCGUGAUCCGUGGGAGUGGAUGCUCUCUUUAUUUACCGAUCCGUCUCUUGCAUCUGUGAGCCAGUGGAAAUCGAAAUCCGUUUUCUAUUGCGAAAAUGGUGUAAGAGAGAAACUGGUUAAUGAGCCAUGGACGGCGGACAUGUGGAAAAUGGUUGAUGACGAACUACCUCUUCCCGAUCCAAAUCCGCACUGCUGGGCUCCAAUCCACAUCUGGCUCGAUAAGGGACUUGUCACCAAGCAUGUCAAGAUGUUUCCUAUUGUCGGCCGCCCCAUGUGGCUCCCCUCCGACAUUCGCAACGCGUCGGGGAAUGGCGGCGGUGUAAUCCUCGGGUUUAUGGUCAUGGUCGACGAUCCGGGGAGCUCCGACGAGAGAUCAGCGGACAAGAACUACGAAUUUGCGCAAUUCAAGCGUGAGAUCUACCAAACUGUCCUUGACACUAUGUUCUAUUCGCUCUACCGUCGCUCCUGCAAUGGAUCACCUGUGACGUGCGGGGACUCAAUCCUACGCAUCCUUUACCCUGGCUUUCAUACGGAGUCACUUGACUUUGAAGAAGCUUGGAAUUUCACCGCGUGUCGCUCAAAUCGGGCCAAUUUCCCAUGCCCGAGAUGUCUCAUCCCUCAGGAGCUUUUGGGUCGACUUACGGGUGACGCCGUUCACAUGGUUCCUCCACGCACAUCGCAGUCCAUGAGGCAUGUUGUCGAUUUAAGUAGGAGGGCCAGGACUGCAGGCGAACGAGAAAAGAUUUUGAAGGAUCACGGACUUCAUAAUAUUGUGCAUUUCAUGUGGAACUUUCGAUUCUGCGACCCAUAUCUGGCGGUUGCUUAUGAUCUUUUGCACUUUGACGAGUCUGGUAAAUGGGGACAUCACGGAUGGAAGCUUGUGCUUGAAGUCCUCGGCCAACUCAAGCUCUCCACGGACGCUACAGAUCGCAUGGCACGUUUCCCGAGAUGGCGUGGACUGAAACAUAUCAACGACCUUACGACGAAGGAUUUCACAGAUGGGCAGACUCACCUUGAUAUCCUCAAGUGCAUCGUUUUCAUCCUCGCCGAGAUUUUGCCUGCCGGUUCAUCCCUUGUCGCCUUCGCUCGAUCUCUGCUGCAAUUCCGGAUCGUGAUGGGAAUGAAAGUCAUCACGGAAAGCCGCAAAGCAUUGAUUGCCCGAUUCAUCGCGCGUUAUGAGCGUGCAUGCAAGGCAGUAUCUAAAGAAUACGAGAAAAACUUCAACUUCCCUAAGCAGCACUUCGUUGUCCAUGCAAUCGAGGACAUCGAGCUCAAGGGUGUUCCUCGGAAUGCUACAACACGAACCGGCGAAGGAAUGCAUCAAGAAGUGGCCCAACAUUUUCACCAGACGAACAUGAGGAAUGCCGAGGCACAAAUUGCGAAGCGGGAUGAAGACCAGGAAGCUGUGGCUCGCACACGGCUUCUUGUCGAUGACUUUAUACGCCAACAAAAUCCUCUCCCUGACGACACUGACGAGCUCUACGACUUGUGCAAGGCAGGAACGCAACGGAAAGCACCCAAGUCGAAGAUCGCUCCGACCAAUCUUGAUUCUCACUGGAUUUUCGGUGCGCCAUGGGACUACGGGGACAGUCGAGCUCUGACAGGCCGAAAAAAUACGGAGAAUGACGAGCUUUUCCGUAACUUCGACGUCCAACUUCGCCAGUUCCUUGCCGACGAGUUUCCUGAGAUGUACAUGAGUGCGGAAUUGUCUUUCAAGGCGAGUCGUUGUUCCACAAUCGAAUUUUGA